AUGCUCGGAGCGGAUCAGCCGGUGAUUCUGCACUUGCUUGAUAUUCCACCAGCUGCUGAGGCUUUGAAUGGUGUCAAGAUGGAGUUGGUGGACGCCGCUUUCCCUCUGCUUAAAGGUAUUGUUGCUACAACUGAUGUUGUGGAGGCAUGCACUGGAGUCAACAUAGCCGUCAUGGUGGGUGGCUUCCCAAGGAAAGAAGGCAUGGAAAGGAAAGACGUCAUGACAAAGAACGUUUCCAUCUACAGGUCCCAAGCUUCUGCACUGGAAAAGUAUGCAGCUCCUAACUGCAAGAAUGCUAUUAUCUGGGGUAACCACUCAUCGUCGCAGUAUCCUGAUGUCAACCAUGCAACUGUCAAGAUACCAUCUGGGGAGAAAGGUGUCCGUGAGCUUGUUGCUAAUGAUGCAUGGUUGAAUGGAGAAUUCAUUUCCACUGUUCAACAACGUGGUGCUGCAAUCAUCAAGCUCCAACGCAUGCCCUCUUGA